GGUAGUAGGAGUGACGAGCGGCAGUCUCGUGCAGAUCGUUUUCUGGUUAUUCCAGAGAAUGAGCAGUUGACUGGAACGCCGAGGAGGAGGAGAGUAACAACGACGACGACGACGACGACGACGACAACGACGACGACGUGCACACGGAAAGAAAGAGAGAGAGAGAAACGAUCGCUCGCUUGCGACAAGCAGAAGUAAGAUUAAUUUGCCGCACGUGAUCGCACGGCAAAUUCGUUUUUUUUUCCACAACGAAAGAAAAAACCAAAGGAAAUCGAGUGAUCGUGGAGAAGCACGCGACUCUCUAUCUCUCUUCUUCGCAUUUGUUUAUAUAUCGAUUGCACUCGUGUGUCAGGAAGGAAAGCGCCGGUAGCUUGCGCUCCAAUAGCAAGUGGCCUUGCCCAUAUCAAAUACGCCGGUUCUACCCAAAGAAACGAUCGUUGACGUUUCACACGCGUGUUCGAAUAUCUAUAUUAUAUUUGUUACUAAAGUAUCCGGAGGUUCUUUCCGACGUCGAGUUCUCUGCCAGAUCAAAGCAAGAAACUCGCCGAUAACGCGUUCAACUCUGUUUGCUCGACGAUCUUGAGAAUCGUCGAUCUGGAGGAAAAACAUCAGCCCGAGUGUUUACGGAUCUGUCCGCGAAACGUUGAUUUCAAGACGCGGCAAAGAUGAACAAGGUGGACUAUAUGGAGGUGACCCUCCCGAAUUACUCGUACAUCUUUAAUUUCGAGGAAACGUUCAAACAUCAGGAGACCAAGCAAUGGAUGGUAAAGAAUUGGACAAACGGUUUUUACUACUGCGGACUGUACAUGAUUCUAAUAUUUGGCGGGCAGCAUUACAUGGCCAGUCGGCCCAGAUUUCAACUCAGGGGAAUAUUGUGUCUUUGGAAUACGCUAUUGGCUACCUUUUCUAUCAUCGGCUUCACAAGAACCGCGCCGGAAUUGAUCCACGUUCUUAGACAUCACGGACUGCACCACAGCAUUUGUAUACCAAGCUUUAUCGAACAAGAUGUCGUGUCGGGUUUCUGGACGUGGAUGUUCGUGCUGUCGAAGCUGCCCGAGCUCGGCGACACGAUUUUCAUCGUGCUACGUAAGCAGCCGCUGAUCUUCCUGCACUGGUACCACCACAUUACCGUGCUACUGUACUCCUGGUUCUCGUAUUCGGAAUACACCGCGUCCGCGCGAUGGUACGUCGUAAUGAACUACUGCGUGCACUCGAUCAUGUAUACCUACUACGCGCUGAAAGCGAUGCGGUACAGACCGCCGAAGGCGAUUUCUAUGGUGAUCACCGCGUUGCAGCUCCUGCAGAUGGUGAUCGGCUGCUUCAUCAACAUAUCUGCGUACCAGUAUCUGGAGAGCGGCCAAGUGGACUGCCACAUUACCCGCAUGAAUAUUCAUUGCAGCUUUGCGAUGUACUUCAGCUAUUUUGUUCUGUUCGCGCGGUUCUUCCACAAGACAUACCUAGCUGGCAAGAAGUCUGACAAAAAGCACUUUGCUAAUAGCGCACCCGAUCACAUCGGUUAUAACGAAAAGCUCAAAGCCAAUUAAGUAACGGCAACACACCAAAGCGCCUGGGCGUUUAUCCUUCCUCCCUUUUACCUCCCUUUUACGUUUUCUGCUCUUUAUUUUUUUCUUGUCGUUUCUCACGCCGCUGGUCGACGUAGCUGUAUAACAUCAGGAUCUAUUAACGCUAAAAAAUAGAUAGAGGAUUCCGACGGCUUCUAGGAUUUCAUACGUUCAGUGUGGCUAAUAAAUAGAUAAGAUUCGUAAUUUAUAUACCAAUAGUUUUCGAAGCAUGGUGCGAUAUUUUUUUACCAAGAAGAUUUACAAUGUUGCUUUCUCUAAACUAUUACUAUAUUAACAGUAUAGCGAAUUUACCGGAAAAUGUUUUACUGAUUUUGUAAGUAUAUAGGAAUUGUAAGUAAUGACUGAAAAGUUUGAUAAGCUUUUCGCUUGUACUUUUGAAGCUUCUAUCGUUAAAACUUUUUGUAAGAUUUUUGUCUUAGACUAUUUCUAUCAUCAUAUAAAAUAUUUUCCGGUGAUAGAGACCUCAUAUGAGGUUUAAACACAACUUUUUGAGAAACACUUUUUUUUUAAUAGGCAUAUACACAUACACGCAGUAAGAAAAUCUUCACAAAAAUAUCAUUAAGUCUUAAAGUGUGUAAAGUAAUAAAAAUGCGUCACUGCACGCUGUAGAAAGUCUUUAAAGAGCUCUCAAAAUAUUGAAAUUAUUAUUGUUAUUUUAAUAUUAUCUUGAACUUUGAAUUUCACACGUCGACGUGUUGAAUUUUGCACAGAUAAUGAACAAUCAAGUUCUCGUCAUUGUAAUCGUAUUGAUACGCUUGUGAAACAACUUGUUUUAAAUUUCUUUUCUUGAAAGCACAUAAACUGUAAUAUAAAAAAAAGCAAUAUAUGGAAAACUUGA